AUGUCUGCUGUAGCCAAACCGACGCCAUCAACAAGUGCUGGUAGCAGCAGUUCAGCUAAUGGUUCAGCAAAUCCAGCACAACCUGCUCCACCGGCCAAUGUGCAGGAGUUUAAAAUUCGUGUACCCAAAAAUCUACGCAAGAAACAUCAUGUAAUGCGUUUCAAUGCCACCCUCAAUGUGGAUUUCGCACAGUGGCGUGCCGUAAAGUUGGAACGUGAAAAUAAUAUGCGCGAGUUUAAAGGUGCCGAAGAGGAAAUGCCUAAAUUUGGUGCUGGUUCCGAAUACAAUCGUGAUUUGCGCGAAGAAGUUCGACGUAAAAAAUUCGGUAUUAUUGCCAAAAAGUAUCGGCCAGAGGCCCAACCAUGGAUCUUAAAGGUAGGUGGCAAAACUGGUAAAAAGUUCAAGGGUAUACGGGAAGGUGGUGUCAGUGAAAAUGCUGCAUUCUACGUCUUCACACACGCUCCCGAUGGUGCAAUAGAAGCCUAUCCACUCAAUGAAUGGUAUAAUUUCCAACCCAUACAACGUUACAAAUCUCUAUCGGCUGAGGAGGCUGAACAGGAGUUUGGUCGUCGCAAAAAAGUUAUGAACUACUUUUCACUUAUGUUGAGGAAGCGCUUGAAAGGUGACGAAGAGGAAGAAAAGGAUCCCGAAGAGGUUAAGGUAAAAGGUGCCGGUUCAAAGAAAUCCAAGGAACUGAAAAUUAGUGAAAUGGACGAAUGGAUCGAUUCAGAUGAUGAGUCAGAUUCGGACAGUGAUGGUGAGGAAAAGAAAAAGAAGGAUUUGGACAGUGAUGAUGAGAUGGGCAAGAAAAAGGGUAAAAAAGGAAAGGAUGGUGAAAAGAAGAAGAAAAAACGUGAUGUGGAUGAUGAGGCCUUUGAAGAGUCGGAUGAUGGUGAUGAGGAGGGACGAGAAAUGGAUUACGAUACUGAAUCCAGUGAAGAUGAACCUGACCCAGAAGCAAAAUUGGACAAAGACAUGAAAUCUGUGGCUGAAGAAGAUGCCCUACGUAAACUACUGACAUCCGAUGAGGAAGAAGAUGAAGAGAACAAAUCAGAUGAAUCUGAUAAAGAUGACGAAGAUAAGGAAAAGAAAAAGAAGGAUAAAUCCAAAGAAGAAAGCAAAGAUAAAAAGAAGAGUAAAUCUAAAGCCAAGGAUACUAAAAAGGGUAAGUUUCAACAAUAUACAAUUCUUUAAGUUAAUAUUCAAAUAUCUUGAUAAUCUUUUUUUACAGAUUCAUCAAGUGAUUUUAGUUCAGAUAGCAGUGACUCUGAGGCCGAAAGUAAACUUAAGAAGAAGGGCAAUUCCAAACCACCAAGCAAACAGAGCUCACGUUCUGCCACACCAACAUUCAAUAAUGAUGCAAACAAACGUAAAUUGAAUAGCAUGCCGGGUGAUCUUACCGCUUCGGAAAAUAGUAAUAGUCCCAUUAAUACACCAUCAAAACGUCCCAAAACGGAAUCAAUUACCCCCUCAUUGCCCUCAACCUUUGCCGGUGUGGUUAAUACAAAUAACAAAGAUGACUAUGGUAUUACCGAAGAAGCUGUACGCCGUUACCUUAUGCGUAAACCCAUGACCGCCACCGAAUUGCUAACCAAAUUCAAAAAUAAAAAGACUGGCGUUUCCAGUGAACGUUUGGUUGAGACCAUGACACAAAUUCUAAAGAAAAUCAAUCCUGUCAAACAGACUAUACAGGGCAAAAUGUAUUUAAGCAUAAAAGUUAAUAAAUAGUUAUGUUUUC